AUGACCACGACUUUGAAAAGGGAGCUCCGGGAUAUCAUUCAGUAUCGCAAUGCCUACUUGCUUGCGUUCUCAGCGACCACGGGAUACGUCUGCUUCGGUUGGGAAAUUGGUCUUAUAGGUGGGGUGAUCACAUUGCCAUCAUUUCAAGAAUAUUUCGGUCUGUCAUCGGAAUCAGCCUCUGCACGCGCCAGCUUGAGCGCUAACAUAGUUUCGGUCCUGCAAGCGGGCGGAUUCUUUGGGGCAUUAUUUUCGAGCUACUUUGCAAGCCGAUUUGGGAGAAAGCCUGCUCUAAUAACUUCGGGAGUCAUCUACCUCAUCGGAAGCAUCAUCCAGUCAACAGCUGGAAUUGGAACGUCCUCGGCUGUUGGAUUGAAAGUUUUGUAUUUCUCCCGUUUCUUCGGCGGCAUGGGAGUGGGUUUGAUGUCAGCUUUGGUGCCGGCGUACGUAUCCGAAUGUGCCCCGAGAGCCAUACGUGGUCGAUGCACUGGUUGCAUCGAAGUUUCGGUGGGACUGGGAAAUAUGCUGGCUUUUUGGGUCAACUACAGCGUUUCUCUUAAUAUCUCACCAGGACAAAUGCAAUGGCGAUUGCCCUUUAUCGCCCAGAUUAUACCUGGGGCGCUCUUGGUGUUUUUUAUGCUUUUCCAACCCGAGUCUCCCCGUUGGCUUGUGGAACGCGGGCAUUAUGAUGAAGCAGCUGCAGCCCUCGCAUAUAUUGCGAGGAAAGAUCAGGACGAUGAUGCUGUCGUACUGACUCUUGGCGAGAUUCGCGCUGAUUUCGUCGGGAAGCACAGACUACCGCUGCUCACACAAUUCCGCAAGAUGGGAGAAUCAAAAAUCAUAUUUCUGCGCUGCAUCAUCGCUUCUAUCGCCACCUUCUUCCAGCAGUGGUCCGGCACGAAUGCAAUUAAUUACUAUGCUCCCGAAAUAUUUGCCGGCCUCGGUUUCUCAUCUACUUCUUCAGCGUUAUUUGCCACUGGCAUAUAUGGUGUCAUAAAAUUCGUCGUCACAUGCAUGACUCUUGCCUUCGUCAUCGAAAGUUGGGGUCGGAAGAGAACCCUGAUUUAUGGUGGUCUAGCGCAGGGCCUGAUGAUGUUAUGGCUUGGCGGGUACGCUGGUAUUCACCCCGGCCAGGGCAUUGUGCCAGCGACGUACGUUUCCAUUGUCGCCAUAUAUCUAUACGGCGUCUUCUUUUGCUUAGGCUGGGGUUUUACACCCUUUGUCCUCGGCUCUGAAGUUGCGCCAGGCCAUCUCCGUAUGGCCGCCAUGUCCCUCGCAGCUGCGACUACCUGGCUGUUUACCUACGUCAUCGCCCAAAUCACGCCCAUCCUGCUAGACCGUAUAACCUAUGGCACUUACCUCCUGUUUGGCGUUGCUUCACUUAUAAUGGCAGCAUGGGUAUACAUCUUCAUACCCGAGACGACUGGGUAUCCACUGGAAGACAUCAAAUAUCUCUUCGAGAGAGAUAUCAUCCUUCGCUCGUUGGAAGAUGCGCCUUUGGGCUGGAUCUUCCUUGGGAAGCGCCGCGCCGUCUCCGUUGAAGAGCUUAAAGCCGCCGAUAUCCUUCCGACAAAUAGUCCCAAGGAUAUCUCAGAGGAAUUGAGGUUGGAGGAUGCGUCCGCGCGGGGUCAUUCCCUUCGGACUUCAAAUUCACAAGGGUGUGAUGAUCCUCUUAUUAUAUGA